AUGCCUCCCGUUCCCAAAUACAAAUACAUAUCUGGUUGUCAAAAACGUAAAAAGAAGAAGCUAGAGGAAGAAAGAGCAAAGGCUGACAAAGGGUCGCGUAUACACAAUUUUUUCUCAAAACUAUCUCAAACUUCUAGUUCUAAUGUGGGUGAAGAUAGUGCGGAUGUUAAUGUGGAUGAAGCUAAUAUGGGUGAAGAUGAUGCUAAUGUUAAUGUGGAUGAAGCUAAUGUGGGUGAAGGUGAUAUCAAUGCUAAUUUGAAUGAAGCUAAUAUGGGUGAAGAUGAUGUUAAUGUUAAUGUGGAUGAACCUAAUGUGAGCGAAGAUGAUGUUAGUGUGGAUGUGGAUGAAGCAAAUGUGGGUGAAGAUGAUGCUAAUGGUAAUCCUAGUAUUGAUAUUUUUGAUCCUAGAACUUGGGAUUCGCUUAAUCCUAACUUGAAAAAUGAAUUGGUUAAGAAAGUUCCAAAAAGAGAGUUGACUAUUGAUAAGGGUCCCAUGGAUAAAGAUGGAAGACAAUUUUCUAAAGUCAUGUAUACUAGAAUUCUAUCAAACAGGGAGACACGUGAAAGAGAAUGGCUAGUGUAUUCAAAAGAGCUUGACAAACUCUUUUGUUUUUGUUGUACACUUUUUAAACAAGGGCAUCCGAAAGGUGGGUUAGAUAACGAAGGUUAUGCGGAUUGGAGGCAUGCUUCUCAAAGUCUUAAAGCGCAUGAAGUUAGCUUUGAACAUCUCAAGAAUAUGCAUCAAUGGUUUGAAAUGUGCCAAAGGUUAGAAUGUAAUGAAACAAUUGACAAAGAAGCUUAUGAGCAAUUCAAAAAAGAAAGAGAUUAUUGGAAAGAAGUUAUUUUUAGGAUUAUUGCUCUUGUGAAAUUUCUUGCUAAACAUGGACUAGCAUUUCGCGAAAAAUAUGAAAAGUUGUAUCAAAAGAGCAAUGGAAACUUUUUGGGUUUGAUUGAGAUGUUGGAAGAGUUUGACCCGAUUAUGAAAGAGCAUGUGCAGCGUAUCAUGAGUGAUGAACUCCAUGUACAUUAUCUUGGGCAUAACAUUCAAAACGAGUUGAUACAAUUACUAGCUCAUCAGAUUAGAACAGAAAUCAUCACGAAGAUAAAGGAAGCAAAGUAUUACUCCAUAAUACUUGAUUGCACCCCCGAUACAAGCCACCAAGAACUAAUGUCAAUAAUUGUGAGGACUUUUGAAGUUACGUCUAAGGAAUUAGAGUCUCUUGGUCUUAAUAUCGGUGAUAUGCGUGGUCAAGGCUAUGAUAAUGGAGCAAACAUAAAGGGGAAAAAAGUGGAGUUCAAAGGAGAUUCUUAG